AUGCAAAAGUUUCUCUCGGACACCGUAGCCAGCGGGACUACCGGCGGGGAGUCUUCGGAUCCCUCAAAGGAGACGCCUGUGGCCAAAAAAUUGCAGCUGCCCACGUCCAUUCGAGUAUGCCCCUACUGCCGUCGCCUGGGCCCCGCGGCGCACAUCAUGCGCUGCGGCCAAGAAAUGUUGAGCUGCCCGGAAUGUGGAGCGGCGGUCGAGGCGGCAAAGCUGAACGCACAUCUUGCGUACGUUUGCAGUAUGCGAGACGCACCAACGCCAUGUGUUGGGUGCGGGGUCGCCAUCUCCCUGCUUGAUAUGCGAGCGCACUUGCUGGGUGUAUGCCAAGGCAACCUAUUCCCCUGUGCUGGCUGCAGUCAGACCUUCCUCACAUCGGCGGAGUAUGUGAUGCACGUGUACAGCCUAGAGAGCAGCUGCCGUGUGCGCACACCGGACGACAAGGGGAAGCAGAAGCCACUUCCACGCGAAGUGACGGAACGCGCGGAGGGUAAGGCGUCUAAGAAGGACGGAGGUGUAGAGGGUGCGAUACUGAUGCCGCUUGGGCAGGGCAAGGCUCCUCUUGUUGUCCAUCCGCCUGUGCUGCUUCGCCGUCCAGCUGCAGUGGAUACCGAGCCUCUUCCCGCGGAUGAGGCGGAGGAGGAGUACCAGUCAAGGCAGGUGAGACAAACGUCUGAGAAACUGAAGGGGUCGCCACGUCAGCAUCUCACAAAGUUUCUGCGGCAACGAGAUACCUCGCCGCCACCAACCAGAACCUUGCUGGAGGGCAGUGGGAGUGCGCCGAACGUGCACCGUGCGGCUACAUCUGACAGACGGCAUCACAGCUUUGCACGGGAUGCCGGACCGUUGGCCUUGAAAGGAAUACACGCUUCUGCCAGUGGCGGCCAUUUUCAUGCACGAUCACGCGCUUUUUUGAAGGAGUUGCAGGGCCGAUGUGAGAUGGCCCAAGGGGCGAGGCAGAGAUAUUCUCACACUGUCCUUGCCUCUGCCCCGCGACUGGCUACAGCUGAGCUACACGCAAAACGCAUGGAAAAUGAUCAGCAGGAGGGUGUAGCACCAAAGCUUGCGUUACAUGAGAUAAAUUCUCUCAGAAGGAGGGAUGCGCUUUUGCGCCCUUAUAAAGUAGGUACUACUGUAGGGGCGCCGGCGCAUCGGCCACAGAGACAGAACGCGUCGUGCCCGCCUGGCCACCGCAUAUCUGCAGGGCUUACGCGUGUCAAGAAUGGUGUUGUUGCAGUAAGCUCUGAAGCGCGCGUUGGGGGUUGGAGAGAGUCUCUCGUUAGUCCAACGAGGCUUGGGAGUGGCGCCGUUCGAGGUGGUCAAAACAACUGUCGUCGCUGUCGGUCGAUGACAGCGAUGCGACGGGGCAGCGGUGAGGUCGUUUCUGGGUAG